AUGAGUCUGCCAAAGGCAAAGGUGGAUAGUUAUUCAGAUAUCCAGGUUCAUUUCACAGCCAAGGAUUGGGCAAAGAUCAGCAAUUAUGAAAGAAUUUGUAUCAAGAACAUCAAAGAAAACUAUGAGAUGAUGAGAGAAGUUGGAUUACAGGUCAGUCCACCAAUGUUCAUGCGACAUGGCGAUGGAAAAGCGACACAGGUGGUAGAAGAAAGCGAUGAGAUGACUACAAGAGACUCUGGAGUCUAUAGAUGCACGGACUGUGGAUCUCCAUAUGCUAUUCCUCUCAUCUUAGCAAGGCAUCUCAAGUACAAACAUGGCUUCAACGGGGUCAUCUUGCCUGCAGAUGGACCAAAGGGAGACAUUCUCCAGAUCGUCUAUGGUAAAAUUAAACCCAACGAUCCUCCACUACGUGAAAAGCGAUUCAUACUCCAGGGGAGCAGCAGAGUAAUAUUUCAGGAUGAAUCGUGUGGGGAAUUAUCCUAUCUCGCGAUUAAAAAUCACGAUGGAAUGGAGUCCCUUGCACCUGAUAGAAGGUGUAAGGCAUUUGACGAUGAUCAUCGGCCACAGGCAGAAGAAAUGACCCAUUCCGGCGAAAAUGCUUUGACUCAAGAAACUCAUCUUGCAGCACAUAAACCACUAGAAAGUGAUGACCGUCGUGAACGAGAGUAUUACGAGGCAUUUACUCAAACACAUAAACCGAUUGAAAGUGAUGACCGUUGUGGACGAGAGCAUUGCGAGGCAUUUACUCACGAAUCUAAUAAUGUAGCACAUAAACCAAUUGAAAGUUAUGAACGAGAGCAUUCUGAGGCACUUGCUCAAGAAUCAAAUGAUGUAUCACAAAGAACAAUUGAAAAUGAUGACCUUCGUGUACGAGAGCAUUGUGAGGCAUUUACUCAAGAAUCUAAUGAUGCAGCACAUAAACCAAUUGAAAGUGAUGACCAUUCUGAACGAGAGGAUUGCGAGGCAUUUACUCAAGAUUCUAAUGAUGUAGCACAUAAACCAAUUGAAAGUGAUGAACGAGAGCAUUCUGAGGCAUUUACUCAAGAAUCUAAUGAUGUAUCACAAAAAACAAUUGAAAAUGACAACCUACAUGAACGAGAGCAUUGCGAGGCAUUUACUCAAGAAUCUAAUGAUGCAGCACAUAAACCAAUUGAAAGUGAAGGCCAUUGUGGUCAUGAGCAAUGUUGGAAGACCGACAGUGAUACAGGUCCGUCCAGUAGACGUGCGCAAAUCCGUAAGAAGCCGUGUUUUUGUGAUCUGUGUGGUAAGGGCUUCUAUGACGGAGCAAAUUUGAAGAGGCAUAAACGAAUCCAUACAGGUGAAAAACCGUAUGAAUGUAAACAGUGCGGGAAGAAAUUUAGGGAUAAUAGUUCUCUUAAUAGACAUACACGAAUCCAUACGGGUGAGAAGCCCCAUGUUUGCGAUCAAUGUGGUAAGGCAUUUAUUGAAAAAUAUACUCUUACACUACAUACGCGUAUCCAUACAGGUGAGAAGCCCUAUGUAUGUGAUCAGUGUGGUAAUUUGUUUACUAGUGUACGAGAUCUAACAACACAUGAACGAGUCCAUACAGGUCAGAGGCCCCAUGUAUGUGAUCAGUGUGGUAAGGAAUUUUCUCAGCAAUAUGAUCUCUCACAGCACAAACAAAUCCAUUUAGGUGAAAAGCCGUUUGUAUGUCGCCAAUGUGGUAAGGCAUACACGAGUAAAAUUAAUCUGGAAUCACAUAAGAAAAUACAUAAGAAUCUGAAAUCACAUAAGAAAAUGCAUAAGAAUCUGAAAUCACAUAAGAAAAUGCAUAAGAGUGAAAAGAAGUCACAUGCAGGUCAAUGUGGUAAGUCCAUCAUUACAAAAUUUAAUUUUAGAUUAAAUAAAAUUACCCAUACAGAUGAGAAACCCCAUGUAUGUGACCAAUGUGGCAAUUCAUAUACUAAUGUACAAGAUCUCACAACACAUAAACGAAUCCAUACAGUUGAGAAACCCGAUGCAUCUGAUCAACAUGGUAAAGCAUUUAAUCAAGCGCAUCAUCUAGAAAAACCUAAGAAAGUCCACACAGGUGAGAAGCUCUAUGUGUGUGAUCAGUGUGGUAAGCAAUUUAAAAACGCGAGUGCUCUAUCAAUACAUGAAAAAAUCCAUACAGGUGAGAAAUCAUUUGCAUGUGAUCAUUGCGGUAAAGUAUUCAAUCGACUGCAUUUCCUCACAAGACAUAAACAAAUCCAUACAGGUGUGAAGCCCUAUGUAUGUGAUCAAUGUGGUAAAGCAUUUAAUGAUAACACCAAUUUGGGGAGGCAUAAACAAAUCCAUACAGGUGUGAAGCCCUAUGUAUGUGAUCAAUGUGGAAGGGCAUUUAACGAUUCUAGUAACCUCAAGAAACAUAGAAAAACUCAUAGACCUAAGCAGCUUCAUCAAACACAUCGUCCAAACGUACAUAAGCAAGUCCAUACAGGUGAGAAGCCCUAUGUAUGUGAUCAGUGUGGUAAGGCAUUUAGUCAAGCACAUUACCUAACAAACCAUAAGAAAAUCCACACAGGUGAGAAGCUCCAUGUAUGUGAUCAGUGUGGCAAGGCAUUUAAUCAACCUUACUAUCUCAAAAGACAUAAACGAAGGCAUACAGGUCAAAGGCCCCAUUUGUGUGAUCAAUGUGGUAAGGCAUUUAGUGAUACACGUUACCUCCGUCUACACAAACAAAUGCAUACAGGUGAGAAGCCUUUUGUAUGUGAUGAGUGUGGUAAGGCAUUUUAUCGGGAAUAUAGUCUAAUAAGGCAUAAACUAAUUCAUUCGGGUCAGAGUCCACAUGUAUGUGAUGACUGUGGUAAAGCAUUUACUCAUGCAAGAAUUCUAAAGGCGCAUAAACGAACCCAUACAGGUGAGAAGCCUUUUGUAUGUGAUCAUUGUGGUAAGGCGUUUGGUCAAGUAUCCCAUCUCACAACGCAUAAACGAAUCCAUACAGGUGAGAAACCCUAUGUGUGUGAGGAAUGCGGUGAGGCAUUUACUUACACUAUCAGUCUCAAAACUCAUAAACAAAUCCACACAGGAGAGACACCCUAUGUAUGCGAUCAAUGUGGUAAUGCAUAUCGUCACAAAAGUACUCUCACAAUUCAUAAAAGAACUCAUACAGGUGAGAAACGCUAUGUAUGUGAUCAAUGUGGUAAGACAUUUACUCAAUCUGCCCAUCUCAAAAGACAUUUACUCAUCCAUACAGGUGAGAAGCCUUAUGUAUGUGACCAAUGUGGUAAGGAAUUUAAUAAAUCUGGCAAUCUCAAAUCACAUAAAAGAAUACAUACAGGUGAGAAGCCAUAUGUAUGUGAUCAAUGUGGUAAGGCAUUUAGUCAAUCCUGUAAUCUAACAAAACAUAAACAGACCCAUGCGGGAGGCAAACCCUAUGUAAAUUUGUUGUUAUCAUUGUGAGAAAUUAAGCUAAUUUCACAGGAAAUAUGAACAGUAUAUUGCAAGUUGAAAUCUGUUAAGCUCAGUAAUUGUUUCCUGAAUACUCCCUAAGUGGAAAAUCAAAUGUAUAAAAUACUUUUCACUAUCAUGAAUGCUAUUGGCUCUAUGAAGUGGACCCCUGAUGAAAAUGAUACAAUUUUUUUCCAGUUCAAUGAUUACAUGCUGUGGAAUGACAAUAAAAUCUCUUCCUUCUGUGGAUUUGGGAUUGGUAUCUGAGGAACAAAGGUGUUGAUAUAGCAAUUACUUUGUUCAAGCUCCCUUUAAUAAAUAAUAUAGAUUUUUAUUCCCUGUAGCUAUUUGGCUUUUUAAACUGAGCAAAUAGGUGUUAUGUUUUGACAAUAAAAUUGAGAUGCAAUAUCUAUUUAUAUUAAGUGUUUUGAACAAUGUCCUGCUUUGGGCAUAGUGCAAAUGCAUAGAACAGAUUCUAACGGCCUACUUUUGGAGAGAGAGAAAGGCGAAGAAAGAAAAGAUUUUGAUUUAGAUUUGUUUGUGUUUGCCUACCCUCACAGCAUUACAAGUAAAAAACAAUUUAUUAAAUGUAUCCCAAUUCAAUAUACUCUUGGGUAUUUCUGUUGAAAGCUUUUUAAGCUAUGACAUAUUGCUUUCUUUGCAGUCUAGGAGGGACCAUAACUUCCUAAUAAGUAUAAUGUAGACCUGUUCUAUAGUGAGAGGAGAACCAACUCCUUAAAGGUAAAGUAAAAUGUUGAUUUGAAUAAAUAGAGAAAAUCCAACUAGCAUAAUGCUGAAAACUUCAUCAAAAUUGGAUGUAAAAUGGGAAAGUUAUGACAUUUUAAAGUUUCGCUUAUUUUUUACAAAACAGUGAUAUGCACAACUCAGUGACAUGCAAAUGAGACAGGGGAUGACAUCCCUCACUAUUUAUUUUGUUUUAUAUUGUUUGAAUUAUACAAUCUUUCAAUUUUUACAGAUAUGGCAAUAAGGACCAACUUGACUGAACCAUAUAAUAUUAAACUAUGCUAAUUCCAUGUGUUCAGGGAGGAAUUAAUCGUUUCACUUGACAAUGAGAAAAUUAGAAUAUUUCACAUUUUAUAUAAUAAAAUACAAAAUAAAUAGUGAGUGGAUGACGUCAUCAGUCUCCUCAUUUGCAUACCGACCAGGAUGUGCAUAUAACUGUCUUAUUUCACAUCCAAUUUUGAUGAAAUUUUCAGUGUUAUGCUUGUUGGAUUUUUUUCUCUUUUUAUUCAAAUCAACUUUUUGUUUGGGUGGACUUGUCCUUUAAAAAAAAAAGGGAUUUUACUUCCAGCACAUACAUAGACAAUAAACCCCUAUUCCCAAUAUGAUAUGUGCUGUUAAAGGGGAAUCCAACCCAAAUAAACACUUGUUUUUAUAAGGAAAAGAAAAAUCAGACAAGUUGAUAGGUGAAAGUUUGAACAAUAUUGGACAAACAACAAGAAAGUUAUGAAUUUUUAAAAGUUGUAAAUAUUGGUAAUCACUAUACCCAUGGAGACUUCAAAUUGGUCGCAUAUGGGAUGUCAUAGUGAUGUAAGGCAAGGACUACCCUACUCUUCCAUGUACUCCAAUACAUAUUAUGGCUAAAAUGUCAUUUUUUCCAAAGGUUUUAUUUCAAGUUAUAUUUUUCUUUCAUGAGGACAUAAAACAAUAUACUACCUGGAUUAUAUUUAGAUUACUGCCCCAGGGGAAUGGGUACUUAGGAGAAAACCACAAAUCCCUGAUAAGGUACAUGGCCUAUGGGAAAGUUGUCCUUGCCCCUUGUCAUAAUUUACUUACCCAGUUGCUAAUUUGAAAUCUACAUACUAUUAGUGAUCUCAAUUGUAAACCAGCUAUAACUUUCUUAUUGCCUGUCCGAUUCCUUUACAACUUUCACCAUUCUGUUUAAAUUAUUUUUCUCCUUCCCAACACAACAUUUUAUGGCCAAGGCUGGAUUCCCCUUUAAUGACCAAAUUCCCCACUAGGUUUUCAUGUUUUAUUUGCUUGCGAUGAAUGUAUUAUAUUGUUUACGUGUAGAUGUAUGUAUGGACUUAAGUGCUUUGAUGCGCUGUUUAUACAAUGUCUAUUUUGGAGUGGAAUAAAUCAAUAUUUAACCUCGAAA